AUGAAAACAUUAAAUAAUUAUAUUGUUGCUCUAUAUGGUGUUGCACAAGAUUUUCAAACAAAUGAAAUAUUAAUUGUAACAGAAUUAAUGAAAACUGGAGAUUUAAAAAAUUGGUUGAGAUCUUCUAAAAAUAUACCUGAUGAAAAGAUUGUAAUUUCAUUUGCAAACGACAUAUGUCGUGAGAUGUCAUUUCUUGAACAAAGAGUACGUGUGCAUCGAAAUCUAGCUUGUAGAAAUCUUUUAAUAAGUGCUGAAGGUAAUACAAUUAAAAUAGCUGAUUUUGGUUUAUCAGCACUUGUUAAUAAAGAUGAUUUUGCACAACGUGAUGAUCCUUAUCCUGAUGAAAAAGAUUUUGCUUCAAUACGAACACUUGUACUUAAUGGAUAUAUUCAUAAGAAACCUUUGAAAUGUUCAAAUCAAUUUUAUAAUCAAUUAAUUCUUCCAUGUUUAUGGUAUGAACCAAAUCAACGACCAAAUUUUAAAUCAUUAUUAGAACUUUUAAGUCAAUGGGAUAAAGUCAAAGCGGAAUAUGAACGUUUAAAUCGUCCAUAUGAAAAAUUUUUUCUAUAG